AAGGAUUUUCUUCCCAAUAGACCUCUUAGUGCGAGCCUCCCUUUCAAGCUGUGGUUAAGGUUGGGGGGCGAGGUCUCCUUGUUCCUAAAUGAACCAUGUACUGUCUUUGGAGCGCAAGAUUCGGUAUUAUUCUUAUUCACAGCACUGUCGUGCUAUUCGGUACUUUUGAGAGAGCAUCCACCAGCAACAUUAAGGACAGUAGUGACGGGAGGGAGGAGGUCCAGCGGCAGAGCCGGCACAGCCAGAGGCACCAGAGCCGGGGGCAGCAGCCCGACGAGGUGGCCCAGUGGUGGGGAGAGUGGAGCAGCUGGUCUACCUGCUCCAGGACCUGUGGAGGAGGGGUGCGCUCUCAGGAACGACACUGUCUGCAGCAGAGACUCACUGCCACACAGAACAUCAACAGCUCCUUCUGUGUCGGAUCUCCAAAGCAGUAUCAGCUGUGUCCAUUUCAGCCCUGCUUCAGUACCAGUGUCAGCUUCAAACAGCAGCAGUGCUCCCAGUUCAACGCCAAAGCCUUUGGCAGGAGACACUAUGAGUGGGUGCCCCUCUAUCCAGAUGACUACAUCAGUAUCUCCAACAAGCCGUGUGACCUCCAGUGCACCACCACCACGGGGGAGAGGCAGCUGCUGGUCCCGGCCCACGACGGAACCUACUGCCGGGAUGGCAUCUACCAGGGCGUCUGCAUCGAGGGCCAGUGUCAGACGGUGGGGUGUGACGGGAAGCUUUACUCCAGUAAAACGGUAGAUUCGUGCGGCGUGUGCGGCGGGAAUGGCAGCUCCUGCUACAGAGUGUCUGGAUCUCACCGGAAAGGGAGCACACAGUUAGGUUAUGUGUUUAUCACCAACAUUCCUGUCGGUGCCACCGACAUCCAGAUCAUUGAGAGACGGAAAACAGAAAAUAUACUGGCCCUAUCCGAUGAAGCAGGACAUUUCUUUUUCAAUGGGGACACAAUUAUCGACAAUCCCCGCAACUUCCGUGUUGCUGGCACAGUCUUCAAGUACAGGAGACCCGCUAACCUCUUAUCAGAUGGAUUUGAGUAUAUCAUCGCCCAAGGACCCACUGACCAGGGGCUAAACGUCAUGUACUACAACCUGAACGGAAAGAUGCCCCACAUCACAUAUGAGUACACCGUACCUCGCACCCCAGAAGCCCGCACAACAACCCCAGUAGCCUCACCUCCAGAGGAGGUCCAGAUACGAGCACUGUCCGUCGUUGAUUCAGUGGUCCCAGAACCGUGGCCAGAAAAAAUAGCCAACGACACCGCCACAGAACUCUCCUUCAAUGAUAAUGAGAUUGAGGCCAGCGAGGACUAUGGGAAGCUGGGAAACCAUAGUGGUGUUCUGGCCCCAGACGAGCCCCCUGAUGUAGACCAUGACCUGGAUCAUGACCAUGAAAGUCUUGUGUGGGAACUACAGGCUCCUCUCAACCUCAGUCACCCACCAGCCAUGCUGGUGUUCAGACCAGUCAGUGAGAUCUACCACAACAACCUGGAGAAUAAACUAGGAGACCAGGGACAUCCUGCACUGGCUAACUACAGGACAGACUCAAACUUGAUCGAUGGCGACUCUCCCGGUCCCAACGGCACCCACCGACCAUCCAAGCCCCUCCACAGGAGCCUGUUCCUGGACCUGCUAUCUGAACCAGGAGGCCCCAGACAACCCUGCCAGGAUGGCUCCAAUCUCUGCCCUCUCCUGGAACUCAACACUAGCUCUUCCCUGGACAACAGCCUGGCCCAGCUGGAGAUCUACCCAGGCAGCCUCAACCUCCACGAGGGCACGGCUGUGGACAACGCCCCCUAUGGACUCCUUUUUGAACCAGAGCCCAACGGGACAGAGAGUUCCAACCUCGUCAACCUCCACCAGGUAGAGCCGGUACAGGCUCCCGACACAGAGAGCAGCAAUGAGUUUGAGGUGGGAUUGCUAGACCAUGACAUCAGCCUUGCUGACAUGUACAGAUGGAAGGUAUCUGCGUAUGCACCCUGCAGUUCAACAUGUACCACAGGUAUCAGUACGUCCUACGCCCUGUGUGUCCGCUAUGACGGCUCUGAGGUGGAUGAGACUUACUGUGACGCCGUGACCAGACCUGAACCCACACAUGAGUUCUGCACCGGGAAGGAGUGUCCACCAAGGUGGGAGACCAGUCGGUGGAGUGAGUGUUCGAGGACGUGCGGCGAGGGAUACCAGUUCCGUACGGUGCGCUGCUGGAAGAUGAUGGCUCCAGGCUUCGACAGCUCUGUGUAUGACGAGCUGUGUGUGGCUGCAGAGCUGCAGAAACCAAUGGCACGCAAGGCCUGCAAGAGCAAAGGCUGUGGCCCACAAUGGGAAGUCUCUGACUGGUCUGAGUGCUCAGCUCGGUGUGGGGGACGGGGUUUGAGGAGUCGGGAGGUGCGCUGCUCCAUGGAGACGCGUCUGUGUAACGAAUCCUCACGACCACUCAGUGAGAAGGAGUGUGAGGGACCGCCCUGUGACCGCAGGUGGACUGUUUCUGACUGGGGCCCUUGUUCAGGAGCCUGUGGCAAGGGUAGGAUGACACGUUAUGUGGUGUGUAAGAACAGCGACGGCAACGUGAUCUCUGACGGCCAGUGUGACCUGGACCUCAAGCCCCUGGCUGUGUACCCCUGUGGGGACAAGAACUGCCCCGCACACUGGGUGGAACAGGAGUGGGAACAGUGUAACGCCACCUGUGGGCGGGGGGUGAAAACGCGGCAGGUGGUCUGUUCAGGCCUGGAGGACGGUGUGUUCAAGGAGUUUCCCGAGCAGAUGUGUGACUCUGCCCUCAAACCUGAGGAGAGCUCCGCCUGCUUCGAGAGGCCCUGCUCCAAGUGGUUCACCACUUCCUGGUCUCAGUGCAGUAAGACAUGUGGCAGUGGGGUGCAUGUUCGGGAGGUGAAGUGCUACCAGGGGGAGGAGCUAGGCCACAGCUGUGACUCCGCCCUCAAACCUGAGGCCGGGCAGACGUGUGAGGUGCAGGCCUGUCCCACAGAGGCCCCAGUUGAAGAGGUGUGUCAGGACAAGGCGACGGCCAACUGUGCCCUGGUGCUGAAGGUGAAACUGUGUACACACUGGUACUACAGGAAGGCCUGCUGCCAGUCCUGUAAGAGCAAGGCCCCGUAAGGGCCAGGGGCCACAGGCCAGGGGCCUGCACUCACAAUGGCCCCCCACAGAAUGUGAAGACAGUCCCCAUACAGGACACCUUGCACUGUGCCCUGGACUCUUUUCCUUUAGAUUGUAGACUUGACCUAUAGCCUGGUUCCAGAAGUUCUAUGGCCUGUAGCCAACUCUGACUUGUUUUCAUGCCAUAGCUACAGGUAACUGCCGAAAUAAUGGAAACACCAACAUAAAGUGUCUUAAUAGGAUGUUGGGCCACCACGAGC